AUGGCCAGUAGUAACAUACAGCCGAACCCCCCUAAAAAGGAGCAACAGCAGAACACACAGAAUGUUGCGAACCAAUUAAAAGCCAACAUUGAACAGCAAACAGCAGAAGCAAUAGCAGCUAACGAGAAAACUCCAACAGCAAGCGAAAAAAGCGACAAGAAAAAGCGUUCUGUCGUUUCACCACCAAAGCGACAAGAUCCUUCCAACAGACGACCACCUGGUUCUGAAGAUGGCUUUUCACGAUCCAGAUGCCUGAUGUUUUUUCCUACAUCGGGUCGUAUGGGCUUUGGAAAAGUCACAAUAUCAGAUGAAUUGCCUCCAAUCGAGACACUACGCGAAAUGAUCGCUUAUGAAACAAAUAUACGAUUAUCUGAGCCAAUUCAAGAGCUCAUGGAUGUUUAUCACACGGAUGAAGCUGCACUGAGGCGCAUCCUAGAUCUCAUUCAACAACAUGUCGUGGAACAUUUCGGAUACCACCAUGUCAAUGCUUUGCGUACCGCUUUGCAUCGUUUUCCUGACGAUCCUGCAGUGAAAUCGGCGUAUUAUGUUAAACAUAAUAAGGUCACGCAAGGUCUAAUAAAUCAAGGUCAAUGUGCACGUGAUGUGGAAUUGUAUACUACAGAAGGUCAACCCAUGAAUCUAUUCUCACAAAUUCAAGGUGAUCAACCAUUGAUAAUUUUGGCUGGCUCAACUAGCUGA